AUUCAUUAGUGAUCUACUACUACAGUGUAAACCGGGCUGCCUCCUUGCAUAAGGUUUUAGCAGUUACCUUUCUUUGAAACGCAGGACAUUAUUACUUCUUCCAUUUUACUUUUGUUACCUAGUAGUAACUGGUGGCAGGUCCACUCUUUAACAAUAAUACCAUUUUACUUUCAGAAGCCACCGGCGACUCCGCACCAAUCACGAUAUCCGUACUAAAAGCCAGAAAAAGCUUUUGGCCAAAAACACUAAAUAAACCUUAUAGCUUAACCGCCUCCCUACGGGACCUCUUAUUGUUGUAUCAUCGUCAUCAUGAUGAUGUUGAAAGCGCCAGGUAAAGAGGCACCCAAACCUUAUUUUGCAUAUUGGCUGCUCCAGGAAGGCUUUAAACCCAAAAAGUGAGCUGCUUCCAGCAAUCAGUGGACAGACAAUGGACGAUCUCAAGCUCCCGGAGGGUCAAAAGGUUUAAGAUACCUCUAACUACCUGGUAGUAGUUUUUAUUAGGGCCCGGAAGACCGAUGGCGCACGCGCGGCACAUCGGCUGCCGUGGGCUGCCAGAACAGAGUUCAAAGCUCCCAUUUGCUCCCUGAUCGCCCGCCAAGUUGUGGCUCAAGAGGGGGCCCAAUAGUACUCCUCCGUUGUAUCGCGGGAUGGAAAAGGCCCAUGGGAUGGGGACGGGACAAGAUGCAGAAGAUGGCUGAGUUCCGGAGAGGCUAACUGCAGCACACUCAAUCCUGUAGCCAUGUAUGUAUAUAUCUUAUAUCUCUUUUAGAGUGCAUGGAUAUUUCGAGUGUAGAUUUACUCGACGGGGGCGCCGUGGGACCGAGAUCUGUGGGGGAAUGAGGUGACGAUUGAAGAAUUGUUUAAUAUUGAAGACAAAUAAAAUUAACUAUGUCACAAUCGUGUAUGGUAGAUGGAUGUAGGGACCUACAUCUGGAUUGCUUUGGGCCAUGUUAUCGGAUCUUCGGGGGCGGGGCGGGGCGGGAUACUUCUCUGGACAGGAAUGCAGCUAGAGCCCGCCCUUGGGACUUGAUGUCUCGGCUGCUGAUUGGUGUUUGCGGAGCUUCGAACGAGCUAAGCUGUAGAUAGAUAGUUAGUUGACCACAUACAUACAAGAGCAAAUCCCUAACGACGACGAUAUGAGAUACACUCUAUUUAUCCUAGAAGAAUUAAAUAUAACCAUAAUAAGAAAACCUCCGCCUCCAUCUGCGGAAGCUUUUGCCUUUUUUGCUCUUGUCUGGUUUCCUCUCAUCUUCUUUUUCCUCUUCUUUCUUUUUCGUCUGUUUUUUGACUUUCCUGCGUCCACCAAACCGAACUCAAAAUAUCUCGCUCCCGUGAUAUAUAUAUCUCCACACAACCACCUCCCGUCCUCUUCCCCGGAUUCCGCUACCAAACGUUCCCCCACAUCUAUUCCACCACCAUAUCUUUUAUUCGCUAUUAUUACUUAUCCCCGCCUGAUUCCGCAGCUAUUAUCACGCCGUCUCCCCCGUCCUGCAAUAUUCCGCGCGCGCCCGGUCCGGUUCUUCUGUUGACGGAGAGCUCCCCGCCGCCCGCCGCCCGCCGCCUCCACCUCCGCCGCUUGCCACGAUAUGCCAGGGAUGAACCUGCGAUCCACACCUCUCUUCCACGGCUGCUACGCUAUAGAUUUAAGAGGCUGCUAGUCUUGGAGGAGAACAACGGAGUCACUCGCACUACACAUACCAGUUAAACCAUGGCGAACCACAUACGUUGGGAGCAGACGGCGCAGAUCCUUCCGCCACCACCACCACCACCGCCGCAACAGCAAAACAAUAUCCACCACAACCACAACCACAGCCACAACCACGGACACCAGCACCAGCCACCACAGCUACCACAUAUACAGCUGCAGCUGCAGCAGCAACAGCAGCAACCUAGACAGAUACAGGCGAAGGGACGGACGACAUUGUCCAACUCCCCUGCUAAGCCCGCUCAAGCUCCAAAAUCAUCCAAAUCAUCAAUCCCGUCAGACGCCCCAUCUUUCACCUUCAUCGACCACGAUGACGAUCUCGCCUCGAAACGGAUCAAGGACGCAAACGCCCGCAAGGCGAUCAGGUCCCAUGUUAUGCGCGACGUGCGGCGCAGAGAGAGACUACUCGGUCUAAAGCGGACAUCCAAGCGUGGUGCUGCUAAAGAGAAGAGCUCGUCGCCAACUGCCAGUAAAAAUAAGACUGAUACCCAGACCGCCGCAUCCACUGCAAAGAACCAGCGGAAAAGCACUCCCAGUGCGAGCGCAAGUGCCAAUGCCAGCGCCCGUGCUAGCGUUAGCGACGCGGAUACGACAAGGGAUAUUGACAACAACAGUAUAUCAGAUACGACAACGAUGAGCCUAAGUCCGACCUCGAUUUCGGAUUUAUGGAUGACCGGCGGAUCACCGUCUGGAGAUGGCGCCGCCGUCGUGCCGGGUAAGGAUGAUUCAGAUUCACCUUACUUCCCCAAUCUGUGGACGGAUUCCCCUACCUGGGCUUUUGACCCCUUCGGCACCCUCCCGGGCUCAAGUCCGCCUACCAAUACCAUAAUAGACGGACUGAUAAAAUACUUCUCCGCUGUCCUAAUUCCCAUGACCUUCCCCGCGGAAACAAAACAGCCCCAUGACAGCAAAAAACGCAUGGCCCUAAUUAUCAACGCGACAAUCUCUGAAGCAGGGCCUUUCUUCGGCUACAUGAGUCUGUGCGCCGCGCAUCGAGCUGUCUUGCAAGGGAAGAAUCCGGACCCCUUGUCUAUCGCGGCUAGAGCUGGUUCUGAAAAUGACAAGCUGUUCGAGCCGGACUAUUACAUGAUGAAGGCUCGGUGUAUUGAUGAAAUGAAUAGGAAAAUAAAUGAUCCGAAGCUGUCGCUGUCGGAUUCGGCCUUUGAUAUUGUUGUUAGUUUGACGUCUUGUGCGUUGACUAUUGGCGAUUUCGACGAAGCCAGAAUUCAUAUCAAGGGAUUGAAAAAGAUGGUUGACUUGCGCGGAGGUGUUUUCGGUUCCUCAUUCCAAGGAGAGGGGAUGCGCGUGCUCUCUAACAUAUUAACAUGCGAUAUCAUGUCCGCUUCUGCACUCAUGUCACGCCCCCUUUUCCCGUUAACAUGGGACUUACAACCAAUCCCACCGGAGACCGCAGGACGGAUACUCCCACCACCCACCUCCCAACUAUCCAACACCGGUAUGGCCCUCUGCACCAACGAAGCUCUCUCCACACCACUUCGAAACGCCCUCAGGGGCCUCCGCGAGAUCCUCUUCUUCGAACACGCCAGCGCCCAGCACCCAGCAAACUUCUCCACCGUCGAGAACGAAAUAUUCGUUUACAAAAGCCACGAGAUGCAAUACGAAUUACUAGAGUACCCGUACCGGCUCGGCCAGAAAACUCCCCCCACUUCCGUAACCUCCAUAACCUCAGAACCACCACUCCAACCCCUCGAAGCCAUCGCCCGGGUCGCCGCCAUCUGCCACAUAAACCACUUCUUCAUCGUCUCCCCGCCCUCCUCCGGUCUCGGUUGCGCCCUUACACGCCACCUCAGCGUGGCUGUCAGCAGGUUCCCUACGUCCAUGUUCCCCAGUUUACCAAGCGCGUGGCUCGACCUGGUCGCCUGGGCGGCGUUCCUGGGUGCGCGCGGCUCGAGGGCCCAGAAGACGAAGCCGUGGUUUCUAGAGCGGUUGAGGGAUGUUGCGGCGGUUAGGGGGUGGAUUCGGCCUGUCCUUGGGACUGGGACUGGGACUGGGUGGGGUGGGGAGCACGUGUAUGUUGGUAGUAGUAAUGGCAAUGGCAAUGGGAAUGGGGACGAUGGGUGGAAGGCGGUUGAGGAGGUGUUGAAAGGGUAUUUGUAUAUUUCUGAGUUGCAGGGCAAGGUGUUUCGAGGUAUUUGGGAGGAGGUUGUGCGAGGGCCUGCUGUUGUGGAGGUGGCGUAAGGGAGGUAUGGCCAAGAGGUCAGAAUAAAGGGAUAUAUGGCUGAGUGUAUUAUUAUAUACCGCUUUCGUUUUCGUUUCGGUCUGGAUUUGGAUUUUAAUUCUGGUAUAUUCUUUUGGGCGGCAGAUGGGCAAAAAAGAAAAAGACGGCGAAGAAGGGAAAAGGAAAAGGGGGAGUUCGACUUUGGGAUUUUGGUUUGUUUCUUUCUUUCUGUUUCCGUUUUUGUUUUAUAAUUUCCCUCUUCUUGGUGUAGUUAUACUUAUUUUUGUAUCCUUAUUUAUGUUCGGCUCUUUGGUCAGCGAGUUUGGGUUUGGCCUGCUUAUUGUUCGUAGGGAGUCUAUACUUCACUCAUGUUUUUUGGGAUUGGAUUGGGUUGCGAUGGAGGUUACUUUGGGCGGUUUAUUUGAUUUUAUUUUCAUUUUUUGAGCCUUUUUGGGAAAUAAUACUCUAUGGGUAGAGACGUAAUACUGAGCUGCUGGUAUUUCAUUAUUAAUUUUUGUAUUUAACUGGUUUAUUCUCAUAGGAGUACAGAGUACAGAUUAUAUGUAGAUAUGAUUGGUUGAUUAGUGCGCCAUCACGUGAGCGUCAUCAUCGCUGGAUUUCUUUGCUGCAAAAAAAAAAAGUUAAAAAAAACUUUCUUU